GUGGGUUCAUUUUUCGUUAAUGGUGUUUAUGUGUUUCUGCCUUUUUGUGCUAGGAUAUUUACUGGGUUUUGUGCUUACUGUUCUUUUUAUGGUAUGUAGUUCCUCAAGUGGAUCUGAUGAAGGCCAAGACCGAGAGCAAGUGGUCAUGACCCUACGGGUGCAGCGUCAGAUCUUUGGAUCUCGCGUGUACUCUCGAACCUGUGUGGUGAUGUUUAAAUACAUUGAUGAAACACAGCGAGUCAGAUUGGUUUUCGCUGCCGACUCUCGAACCACCAGAAUAAUUGCUGGUGUUCCUUUUAUUGACACAGACAACCUAGAAAAAAUUGUGUGCUUGGGCGCACAUUGUUUAUUCGGGUAUACUGGGGACACAAUUCAUGGCCAACAACUUAUUAACAACCUGAUUGUCGCUGGGGCUACUACUGUAUUGCAGGUUUUAACUUACCUCGCAGAUCAUCCCAAUACCACUGUUACCUGUGCAGUGGGAGGACAGUACUAUGGUCGGCUGCGUAUUUUCUCUGUGUGGUCAGGCAUCCCUGUAGAACAUUUUGAAACCUUGGUGUUGGGUUCUGGGUCUCCAUACGCUACUGUUGUGCUGGAUAGAAGCUUACCUUUUGUAGGCACAAAUGGUAUUGCCUGCUCUGUCGCAAGGCGUUGCAUCUACUUUGCGUCCAUCUUUGACCCGUGUACCGGCGGGCGCGUCUCCCUAGUGACAUGUGGGUUGGGGGCCUACAGGGUAAAGUAUAAUACAUGGAUGGAACCAAUUCCACCAUGGCUUCUGUACAAGAAACUGCCACCCCAGGCGUUGAUCUAAGCUGCCUGUUAUGCCUUCUUUUUGAGUCUUAUUCUUUGAAAGAACCAGAAC